AUGCCUUCUACUGGGCGACCAUUUACCACUAGAAAGCCAACAACAACGAGCACUGUGGAACCAUACACAUCAUCUUCUACAACAAUCGAACCUACAACCCUAACGACCAUAACAACAGUCAGAUUCACAGAUCCAACUACUACCUCCACAACACCUGAACCUUCACCACCAACUUCCACCACAACACUCAUAGCCACAGAUGCAAGUACCUCUACAACACCUAAACCUUCUUCACCACCAACAACCACCACAACAGUCAAACCCUCAGUUCCAAUAACCUCUACAACAACCAAGCCUUCACCACCAACCACCACCACAACACCUUCAGAUCCAACAACAUCAACGACACUCAGACCCACAACUCCUACAACUACAACAACGUCCAAGCCACCAUCCCCAACAACCAGUACCACAAUCACGACCACGAGCAGCACAGUUCCGCCGACGAGUAAGCCAAGCCCUGCGUCGCCUACUCUUUCGGGAGAGGGAGUCAGCGAGUCUUACGAACCUCCCCUUUUCCCCGGAGGUUCAACCCACGCUGAGGAGGAGCGGGAGGAAGAGGAGGAGGCUGAACCAUUUGAACCUCCUCCGUUCCCCGAUGUGUUCAGCGACCCGGAUGUACGAGAUCGCCUCAGGGAGUUCUAUGAGAAUGGAGACUUCAGCCAUUCAGAACUCAUUUCCAGGUUGAAUUUCGACCCGGAUAACUAUGAGUAUUAUUAUGAUGGGGAAUAUGAUUAUUCUGAUUAUCAGUUAUAUAAUGAAUUAUACAAUGUGGCCACAAAUUUUGCACUUCUAUUAGACUGCAGAACCUCAGGGCCCACUUUAAAAUGGAAAAAUAGAACCAUUCUUAAAAAACACUCAAGUCAAUCCUUCUCCUCUCAAUCUAACUCAGAAUCUCUGAUACAAUCUGGGUUUACAUACAAAAUUCUCCUGCAAGAGCUAGGACAGUGCCUGCUUUCAAAUGAUUUUGGACGUGUUCAUUUAGUGAAGCAAAAUGCAAAAAAGACAGCCUUUGCUACAAGUCACAGUCAUGUAGUCAAGGCUGAACUAGUUUGGACAUAA